GCGCUGCCUGGGCGAGGAGCGGUGGGAAGGCCCCUUCGGCGUAGGCCCGGCCCCUUCGGAGGGGCGGAGGGAGGCGCCUUCUCCGCAGCGGAGGCGGAGGCCGCAGAGGCAGCAGCAGAGGCAGCGAUGGCUCCUGCGGGCGGCGGGGGCUCGAGGGCGGGCAAGAUGGCGCCGUCGCACGUCCUGAAGUGCUGCCAGAAGGUGCUGGCCUGGGUCCCCGUGGCCUUCAUCGCCCUGGUCGUGGCCUGGUCCUACUACGCCUACGUGGUUGAGCUCUGCCUGUUUACUAUUACCUCAACUGGAGAAAAAGUUGUCUACCUUGUGAUUUUUCAUCUGUCGUUUGUCAUGUUUGUGUGGUCCUAUUGGAAGACUAUUUUUACAUCUCCUGCCUCUCCUUCCAGUGAGUUCUGUUUAUCAAAAACGGAUAAGGAGCAAUAUGAAAAAGAAGAGAGACCAGAAUCCCAACAGGAAAUCUUACGAAGAGCUGCUAAAGACUUGCCUGUGUAUACUACAACAACAUCAAGAGCCAUAAGAUACUGCGAUAGAUGCCAAUUAAUCAAGCCCGAUCGGUGUCAUCACUGUUCUGCCUGUGAUCUAUGUGUUCUGAAAAUGGAUCAUCAUUGUCCAUGGGUGAAUAACUGCGUGGGAUUUUCCAACUACAAAUUUUUUCUCCUGUUUUUAUUAUACUCCCUCCUAUAUUGUCUAUUUGUUGCUGCUACAGUUCUGCAAUAUUUUAUAAAGUUUUGGACACUUUGCCGCAGGAAAUCUGCUGAGAAUUGUCCAAAGAAUGAACUGUUAGACACACGUGCAAAGUUCCACGUUCUCUUCCUUUUCUUUGUGGCAGCCAUGUUCUUUAUCAGCAUACUAUCAUUGUUUAGCUACCACUGUUGGCUAGUUGGCAAAAACAGAUCAACAAUAGAAGCAUUCCGGGCACCAAUGUUUCGGAAUGGACCUGAUAAAAAUGGUUUUUCGCUUGGGUGCAGCAAAAAUCUGAAAGAAGUUUUUGGAGAUGAAAAAAAGUACUGGUUGCUACCCAUUUUUACAAGUUUAGGAGAUGGCUGCAACUUUCCAACACGUCUGGUGAUCAUGGAUCCAGAGCAACUUACUGUAUCAAGCCAAAAUGAACCUGCCAAAAGUUCUGGUCCCAGUCAGCCAUUUCCGACUCGGCCACUCAGUGAAUCCCAAAAUCGACUGCUGGCAAAUGACAACCAGUGGGCAGAAGCCAGUUCAGAAGACGAAAAUGUUAAAUCAGGUGUAAAAAAGCAUAUUGUAGUUUCACUGGAGAGCUGAUCUUGGUUUCAUUGUCCAUCCUUCUCAUUGUGGGGGAAAUGGUUUCUACAGUAUGUUUGUGCUUGGAUAUUAAUUUUGUAAGGAAGACACUGAUAUAUCAAUGGAACAGUGCCAGCAUGUUAACAGGAUAUGAAAAAAUGAAAUUCUUGAUCGUAUCCAGUGGAUGCUUAUAAGCACUUGCAGAGUGGGACAUUUAAUGCCUUAAGAUUCUUGAUGUGCAUUUUUGUAACACAGACUUAUGCCACUACAAGGGCCAAAUCCAGAAAUGCCCUGCAAGGGUGGGCAAGACUCCAAGAGUGUAAAAACCUAUGCAUUCCGGCUGCACUGUGGUGGAAGGGACUGAUUCUGCAAAGUUCAUGGGAGAUGAUGGGACCAUGGGAACGAGGUGGGGGAAAGGAGUAUAUGCCGUGCAACCAUAGAGUUCAGCCACUGAAAUUCACAGUACAGCUAGAUGUGGCCGAAACACCACCAGGUGGAUUAGCAGCAUGAUGUCUUUUUGUUUUCUACACCACUAGUAUAUGUCAACCAGCGGUACUGACAAAGUUCAGGCUGAGCAGCCAACCACAAACCCUGGCUUUUUAGUCCUCUGGUAUUGAAGUUCUCUUCCUUCCAUUUUACUCUGUUGCAAUACAUUAUCAGACAAGGAAGGUUUCCAUUUGUUUGUAUGCUUCCAAAUUAUGGCCUCACAGCAAUUUGGUAUAUUAGUAUGAUAAAUUCAUUUUCUCAACCUUUUUUUUUUUUUUAAGAAACCUUUUAAUUUCUUGAAAACAUGUUUAAUAUAAGCCAUAUCAGGAAUGUAAUUCAGUAAUGUAAUUUAGUUUCUUCCGUGUCCUUGUCAGUAUGUUUACUUAAAUAUUGCUUCUUAAGCUUUGUGGUGGUAAUCUCAGUUACCAAUCCCUUCUGAAGCUGGCUGAUUAGUCUUCUUUUAGUCUCAAGGCUAAAGGUCAUCCACUUAUUUGUCUCUCUUAUGAGAAAGGAAACACAUAAGUACUGCAUUUCAUGAGGUUGGAUUUCACAAGGAUCCUUUACCAGGAACAUUCCUUGAGUAAAGAAUGUGCCCAUAAAAGAGAAGAAGAAACUUGUUCUACGGUGUACUUUGUUUUCCAUGAGCCUACUAUCCCACCAAUGGCCUCCUUAAUUCUGGAUUGAAGUCCUGUCCUGUAGUCAUAAAUAUAUAAGCAAAUAAUGUCAGUAAUGAUGCAGACUAUGUAAGCUUCAAUUGAUCAAUUCAUGAAGAACAGCAAGUUAUUGGGUGCAUAUCUAAAUGGUAUAGUGUACACCCACAGCCCUCAAAUCAGACUGACCACUACUAUCUGACGGAAGAAAGAGACGUUAGUUAUGAGGUAUCCCCUUGGCUAUAUGAAAGUGAUGGCCCUUCAUUCUGCCUUGAUGUGUACAUUUUAGCCUCUUUCCUAAAUUGCACUUGAUCUCCUCCAGGUUCAUGGAAACUUAGUAAAAAAUAUUUUCCGGAGUUUUUUGGGGUUCUUUCUCUUGUGAUUCUUAUGAGAAAAACUGGUUCUGCUUUGUAAAUCUUAGGCAACAUGGGUGGGAGAGGGAAUAUAUGCAAAAUGACGUAUUUUCAUACGCUUUACUCUCAUGGAUCAGUUUGUAAAAUGAGCAGAAAGCUAAGAGUUUGUGCUACCUUUGUGACCAGCCCAACUCAAAGGUGUAUUUGGUGCUGUCCUGUGCAAAAGGUACGGUCAGGCUCAGGGCUGUUGGUGCUAAUGCUAACUUCUGCUCCUUUACCUUGACAAAAGGAUUUGGCCCUAUUCCCAGCACUGAACUGGCACUCACUUGAGGAUAAAAGCAGAAGAAAUCUGUAUGUGGCAUACGAGCACUUUUCAGACAGAUUCUCUAGCUCAAGAGGGAUAUGACUAGAUGAGUGUAUCUGCCCCACAAAGUAACCCCAUAAUUUUUAUCAGCUGGGAGCUUUGAAUGCUGAGGUAGGUAGGGGAAAUCACUUUGCCUUGCUCAUCCUGUUCUGAGUUCCUGUGACUUGAUCCUCGGCUUCAAAGGGCAACAAAAUGAGAUUUAAGUUUGCAAGACAGUAUACACUUAUGAUGAGAUUAGGUUUGUCAACAUAUCUACAUCAGCAAGAUUUUUACAGUAUGUCAAACAUGAAAUGAAUAGGUGACAGGGUUCUCUUUGUUAAGUGUACAUAGGAAUAAAGGUCCAUCUGCACUUACAUAAAUGUUAGGUGUUCACAUAUUUCUGCUAAUGCAUUCCUUUUCCCCCCACUAUUUUGGGGGGGGGGGGGGGUUAAAAUUACUGUGUCAAUAUUUAACAUUUUGGAUUGUUAUUCUGCAGUCCUUAGACCACUUUUUAAAAGUGACUUCAGUGAGUAGUGAAACUAUCUGUAUAAUAAGGAUCAGCACAUUCUUUGGGCCAGAUCUCCCAGAAGCUGCACCACACACCAAAACUGGAAAUCAAGAUGCCUGGUUUCCUAAAACUCAUUUUUCCCCUUGAAACUUGAAACAAGGAACAUUCCCUUUCCUAAGGAAAGGGAAGCAAUUCUUUCUUUAAUGAAAAGAUAUGGUGCAGUGAACCUGCUGGGUGCCACAGAAUCAGGCAAGCAGCUACACUUCUGCUAUAGUAGAGCAGAGAAAACCUAAAUUGUAUUAUUUAACACACAAGGCAUCCGACUAGUAUUACAUAAUUAUACCAAAGAGCAAUACGUGUAUAGUUUGUUAUACUAGAAGAUGUGUCAGUGAAUUCCAUUAGUCUUCUCAUCAAAACAUUUUUUUGGCCCGUGAGGAGUUACAUAUUUAGAAGCUUCUUAUAUGCACAUUUAUUUUUCAGACUAAUAAAUACAGUUUAAGUACAUUUCUGGCUUGUUCAGAUACUUACCAACCAUGGCUUUGUUCUAAAUCAAUCAAGACUUGCUAGCCACUUUUAAUAGGGAAGAUUUAAGUUUAGGAUGAAAAGUAGAUUUUUGAAAGGAUUUUCUAGUGAUUUUUUUUACUCUAAGAAACCACACUAGAAAGUCUAGCCAGAUCUCCAGCUUUUUAUGUUAGUGAACUGUUCUCAUAAUUGAUACCUUCUGCAAGUAAAUGAAUCAGUGAAGGCCCGUGCCUCGUUUUAUCAAAUGUCAAGCAUAAUAUUGAGUGUAGUAAAAUCAUAACUACUUGCUAUGACAGCCUUUUAUAGAGUCUUUAUAUCCAAUAUGUGUGUUCCAAACAUUACUUGAAUCUUGUCAAUGGUAGAAAGAACAUGACUAUGUUUACAAAUAAAUUACUUAAGGUGGGUUUUGGCAGAUUAUCCAGCAGAGUUAAACAAUUUAUUAUUUGAUUACGUAUUAUAUGCAUCUGGAUUUUGGUACCAAAGUACUAAUAAAUUAUAUGAAAUGGAUAUGUUGUAUAAUACUGUAGGUUUGAAAAUAUCUGAAAUGUAUAAUUCCACCAGAACACCAAGUGGUUUAAGGACUGCAGCCUUUUACCUCAAUCCUAAAUGCAUAUGCCUGGAAGAAAUCCUACCGAUAAUCACCAGAGAUUGCUUUCAAGUAAAUGAUUUAGGACUGCAGGCAGUCUAUUAUGUUUUUCCCCAAUGUAAAUUAUGUGGCCAUUUGAGUGGCAUCUUCUGCUUAUGAGUAAGGUUGUCACAUUCUGUGUGUUUGCCAGUGGGUAUAUGUCAGAUGCAUUGCACUGUAUUUAUGACAAAAGAUAUGCAAGUAUAUUACUUAAAUAUAGGUAUCUCCAUUGUACUAAGUAAGCUUGCAAGUAUUCAAAUUUAAACUGGUAUGAGGUUAUUUAGAGGAUAUAUAAUGUGAAUGAUGCAUCUGUUUAUGUUGCAGAUAGGAAUAUUCCUAUGCACAAAAACAUAUUGCCAUUAAUUGUUUAAUAUUUCAAAGUGACUUUUUAAAUGGGCUUUUAUAAGUAAAUGACGUAUAUAAAAAUACAUAUCAUUUUGCCUGAAAUUUUCAUACUUUUAACUGCACCUUGUAAUAUCUUCAUGUGUAUUUUCCACCAAUGUAAUAAUUUUAGAUCAUGAUGAGUCUUUUGUAUAUCAAAGUUCCAACUUCCAUUCAUGUCUUAAUUAUAACUCCUGUUCAAGUUUUUUAAAAAUGCAUCAUCUAAGCCCUUUGCCAAAGUGGUGAUACGUUAAUGAAUUAUGACACAAUAAACGCAAAGCAAAUGAAAUCAAUAAAUACCUUGAACAUAAA